UUGUUUCACUUAUAAAUCACAUUAAGCGAUACCGAAGUAGAGUUAUUAACUUAUAGAAAAAUAAUUAUAUCUAUAUAAAUUUAAUAAAAAUUUAUUGCAUUAAAAUAGUGRAUUAAACAAUAUAACACAUAAGUAAAUUUCAAUAAAAUGUCCAAAGACGAUAGGGAAUUGGAUUUGUCAAAUGCUGGUCGAGGUGUAUGGUUGGUUAAAGUACCGAAAUACAUAGCACAGAAAUGGUCAAAAGCUCCAUCAAAUAUGGAUGUUGGAAAAUUACGAAUUACUAAAACCCCAGGGCAAAAAGCUCAAGUGUCUUUAUCAUUAACACAAGCAGUUGUAAAUCUGGAUCCAGAGGAAAAAAUUCCUACAGAACAUAUAUUGGAUGUUUCGGUUGUAACCAAACAAACUUUAGGGGUUUUUUCCCAUGUUAUGCCACCUGAAUCAAAUAAUGUAAAUAAUGGAAAGGAUAAAGAGACGCAAUCUCCUAUUGAAUCUGAAAAACUGUACAUGGAAGGGCGUAUUGUGCAGAAGUUGGAAUGCCGCCCAAUUGCUGACAAUUGUUAUAUGCAAUUAAAACUUGAAUCUAUACGGAAAGCAUCGGUACCUCAGCGCAAGGUUCAGCCAAUAGAUAAAAUAGUGCAGAACUUCAAACCAGUUAAAGACCAUGCUCAUAAUAUCGAGUAUCGUGAAAGAAAAAAGGCGGAAGGUAAAAAAGCUCGCGAUGAUAAAAAUUCAGUCAUGGAUAUGCUUUUUAAUGCUUUUGAAAAACAUCAAUACUAUAAUAUUAAAGAUUUGGUAAAGAUUACAAAACAGCCUAUUGGUUACCUUAAGGAAAUCCUUAAAGAGGUGUGUGAUUACAAUAUGAAAAACCCACAUAAAAAUAUGUGGGAAUUGAAGAAAGAAUACCGCCACUAUAAGACUGAAGAUAAAAAGGAUGAUGAAAAAUCCCCAACUGACAGUGAUUCGGAGUAGAUAGAAAUAUAUUAAUUUAAACUAAAAAUAUUUAAUUGAUAUUUUUUUAAUAAAAAGAGACUUUCCAUAUAUGUAAA